GCGCUUUGAAUGAGCGCCGGGAGAAGCCGGGGACAGAGAGGGGCGGGCUUACCUUUCAGUGGGAAUCCUCGUUUCAAAAAGCUGCCAACGUCCCCUUGUAAGAGAGUGUGGGCCUGUUUCUGCUUCCACUGCAACUCAAGAGACGACAAAAGGGGACCGAAAUAUGCUCUGCGUAAGUGGGACACGGGUUUAUUUUCGUUGACCCAGAAGAAGUUUCUGACUUUAACUGCGCUGAAGCUUGAGACAGACUGCACUGAGAAAAAAGAAGACACAAUACAAGCCACAAGUCGUACAGGUGGCAGACCACACGUUGACCGGGGAACCAGAUCACACCAAGAGACUCACCAUCCAGACCUCGUCUCACCUGAGCCUGACGAAAAAGAUUAAAAUGUCCAUGGAGAGUUAUUCGGCGCUGGAUGAGUCCUCUCUCCGAGCCUUGCUGGAUGGAACCGUAGAUCUGGACGAGAGGCGCCUCAUCCGUUCAGCCAUCCGGGAGUUGAGGAGGAGGGAGAUAGAGGACAUGGAGGCCGCUCUGGCCAGCAAGAGAUUUCGUCCCACACGCCUCAAACAGCAGGAGGACAAGGAGAACCAGCACAGGUCAGAAUCCAGUGACAACUUGGAUGUCCUGUCACGAAAACUGCAAACAAUCCAGGACAUCGAUGAGCUCACGAAAAUGCUCCGUGCCACCAGCGAGUAUGAGGAGAGGAAGAUGAUCAGAGCAGCCAUCCGACAAAUCCGAGAUGAACAGCAGCAAGGGACUGUGGAGCGGGGUAAAGCUCCUGGUCACUGCCUAGAGCCUGAGAGGGUGGAGCCCCAGAGCAGCAUGGGAACUGGGGAGACAGAGCGGGAGACUCACAGUGAGCGAGAACGUAUCAGAUCUCAGAUCCGGGAGUUACGCGACCAGCAGACACAACAAAGCAGAGAGCUGCAGAGAAUAGGCAUGGUGUUGAUUCUGGAUCAUCUGGCGAAGGAUGAUGGCUCUGGACCUCUGCUGAUCCAGCCUCCGAGAGAAGCUGUGACCGCAGAGCCUGACCUGGUCCUGUCUCAUCGGCAAAGGUCCGACUCUGCAGCUUCAGACCGCAGUGUGACCUUGGUGCGUUCCAGGUCCAAUCUGGAUUCUGUUGCCUCAGAGAAGAGUCUGGGCUCAGCCUACAGAGCCCGGCUGGACUCUGGAGCCUCAGACAGGAGCCAGAGUCCCUCCCAGCGUGGUCGGCUAGACUCUGGGGCAUCAGAUCGAAGCAUCAGCUCCCAGUCAUUUGUCAGACAGAGACUGGGCUCAGAUGUCUCUGAUUCUGGCGUCAGACCCCGAUUUGGCUCUGGGGCUUCAGACAGCAUUGGUCUGUUGUCAAGGAAACGGACUGACUCAGGGACAUCUGACCAGAGUGUGAGUAUGUCCUCUGAGGAGAGGGGUCCAGCGGAGGAGGUGGAGGUAGCCACGAGUGGUUCAACUUACAGCACAGAUUCAGAGACCGAGGGCCGAAGCCAAGAUCCAGUUAGCCUCCAGACAGACAUCACUGACCAGGAGCAGCCUGAUGGGGCUGUAUUAUCUCAGAGAGAUCCUGCAAAUGGCCUGCUCAACAGCAAUGCCAAGGGAAAAAUCGACUUCCAGAAACAAAAGAUGACAAUUAACAGCGAUCUGCCCCUCACUCAUGGCAAAGCAAAGGAUUCUGUACCUGAGAAGAAAGAUGUUAUAUUGGAACAAUUCAACCGCACCAACUCUGUACGUGACCGAAUGCGCAAGUUCACAGAGCCCAGCCAGAGCCCAAAUGUCUCAGCUUUGAAGAAAGCUCCUCUGAAGAAUGGGACCACCUCCAGCAGCACCGGACAGACAAAUCUCUCCAGAGCUACUGAGCUGUUUACACACACAGCAGCAUCCCUCAGCACAUCUGGAGAGAGGCCAGCAAGGCCACAUGUAGACUCUCACACCUCAGCCGCAUCCGAGAGUCAGGCCACACCUCAGCCAAGAGGUGUGGCUAACAAACCUCUGUCUUCAGCUAGCCAAUGGCAGAACUCCAUGGGUGGGACGAGGCAUCCAGCUGAAAAAGAUGUGCACGCCUCCAGUAACUCAAAGGAAGACAGAACCCCAGGGAGAGCAGCUGGACAGCAGGUCACCCAGGGAGAGGCAGACCCGGACAUGAAGACUUUCCUCACCAUCGAGAUCAAGGAUGGCCGCACCACCACCUCCUCUACAUCCUCCCCUAGGGGCAACAUCGUACCUAUCACCAACAUGACCCCACGCAUCACCACCAAUACUCUGGGACAGAGAGCAGAGUUGACACUUGGCCUCAGAGCGACCCCAUUCAAGAUCUCCUCAUCCAGCCUCUCCUCCGGAUCCUCCAUCAAGAUGGAGACAGAGCCUGUUGUGGCCUCUGAGCCGGUGUUUUCAGCUGGACCAUCUGUCCAGCUGGCGUGUCACGUCCCGGCCAUCCCCAACGGCUCCAGCACUCAGGCCAAACCCGACGAGCGCUCCGGAAAGCUGACUGCUGAACAGCUGGCUGCUAUCGAGGAUGAAGAGCUCCUUGACAAAAUGCUCGAUGAGUCAAAAGACUUUGAGGAGAGGAAGAUGAUCCGUGCAGCUAUGAGAGACCUUCGCAAGAGAAAGAGAGAGGCCAUGCUGGGAUGUACUCAAGAGGAAAUAGGUAGGGCAGACCAGAGAGAAAAGGAGCGCGAGACCCGUCUGCAGGAGCUCCGGCAGCAGAGAGAAGAGCGAACACAGAAGGCUGGGGUCGGAGCACAAGAGGUGGUCAUGAGGAAGAUGGAGAAGUCAGCGGAUGGCUCCAGCCUCAGCCAAGUCACCAAGACAGACCGCUUUGCCCAGUCUGAUAAUGGGAGCCGAUCAUCACGCAGCACUGUCGUUGAGGCCAGUUAUUUGCAGAAAACAGACAGAGGGACAGUCCAGUCAAAAUCAUACAGCUUCACCUCUUCCACAUCCUCCUCCUCCUCUAACGCAAGCAAAAAAGUGGGCAGUGUGUUUGAUCGCGAGGAUGACAUGUCAUCUCGCAGCGGCAGCGGCGGGUUGGCCGCCGUGGAGCGAAGGCAGGCGGAGAGGCGCAAGGAGCUGAUGAGGGCUCAGACUCUGCCGAAGACCUCUGCCAUGCAGGCCCGCAAAGCCAUGAUAGAGAAGCUGGAGAAGGAGGGAGGCGGCCCUGGAAAUCAGGCAGUCGCCAAGGUAAACAAGGUUCAGCGUUCCACCAGCUUUGGUGUACCCAACGCAAACUCCAUCAAGCAGAUGCUGCUCGACUGGUGCCGUGCCAAGACCCGCUCAUAUGAGCAUGUGGAUAUUCAGAAUUUUUCAUCCAGCUGGAGCAAUGGCAUGGCAUUUUGUGCCCUGGUGCACAAUUUUUUCCCUGAAGCCUUUGACUAUAGCUCCCUGAGCCCCAGCAACCGCAGGCAAAACUUUGAGGUGGCCUUCAGCAAUGCAGAGACCUACGCCAACUGCAUGCCUCUGCUGGAAGUGGAGGACAUGAUGAUCAUGGGUAAUAAACCAGACUCCAAAUGUGUCUUCACCUACGUACAGUCUCUGGUCAACCACCUGCGCAGAUACGAGAUGUCCAUGGGUCGGCCCUGUGACCUCUGACCUGACAGCCCUGACCCCUCCCCGGCUCCAUCUUCACCUGAUGACCGCCUCCACACUGACAGGCUGCGUCACAGAGUUGUACAUCUCUGAUGGACAAGUUGGGGAUUGUAUGUGUGUGUGUGUGUGUGUGUUUGUGUGUCAGUUUGCUUAUUAUCUUUGUUGGCAGUGGUGAUGUGUAUUCAUUAUUUCAGUUCUCCUCUGAACUUACAUUGUUAACACAAAGUCCACCUUUCUCCAGCAAGACAGCGCCAAAGUUUUUAUAACUACUACCUUUUAAGCUUUAAAAUUUGACGUCUUUUUUGUACUCAAACUCAGCUUUGUACCAGGUAAUAUUUAACAUGCAGUGGCUGUGUCAUCACGCUAGUGUACUGAAAAACACAUCAAGAGAGAAAUAUUUUUAUAGUAUUUCUCCUUUUUAAGUUAUUUAUACCGACAUUUUUCUCUGCUACACUUUUGUAAUUAUUGUAAUUUGCUAGCAUUGCUGUUGGUAAUUCCACUGAAGAAGAAAAAUAUGAUGCAUUAUUUGGAUUUCAUUUCGGUACUUUUUAAUAUUGACCAAACUCCGCUGCUUGAACUAUUUUAGUUAAGUUAUUAUUCUCAUGUUGAUAAUCUAAUUAUCUUUCUAUCAAUUUCUAAUCAGUUAGCAUAAUACUAUUUAAUAAUUGAGCACAGGGAUGUUCUUUCUUCAUUGUUCAAAUGGAGGCAACAUUGUUAUUGUUGCAGUCCAGUGCUGAGUAAUCUCACCUUUCUGAAGUCUACAGUGCUACUGAGAACAUGUUUCAGAUGUCUUUAACAUUUUACCCCUCCUGUAUUACUGUAUCAUCAUACUAUUAUUCUAACAGGCAAAAUGCCUGCAGUCCAGCACGUUUUUUAUUCAGGUAUAAAGAAAACAAGAGGAGUUGGUUGCAGUCUGAUGUCAUACAGCUGAGUUGUAUCAUUACUUGAUGUUUCUUACCACUUGGCUGACAGCAUAUGUGCAGAAAACCUCACAGCAUCACUGCCUUGCCCUGCCAAACACACUCACACACAGCUCUUUUAGAGGGCUCCUUAUUUAUGCUUGAGUAGACUUUUUAAAAAUAUAUUGUUUUGUAUUUUGUUAGUGUGUACAUUAUGCUUCUAAAAGUUUUGUUUAAAGUGAGUCAAUAAGCUCAAGCUACCACAAUGUUUUGUGAAACAAAUAGGGGUCACUUUUUGGUUAAGGUAAUGGGCCUGAUGAAAGCCGGCUUUCUGUUGUGCAAGCAUGAGUAAUCAUGACUGAACAUAACUGCCAAUUGUAUAUUUUACGACAUGAAGCUAAAGAAAAUUUUUAAAUGAAGAUUUUUAAUGAAACAUAUUUCUUAAUGAAACAUAUUUCUUAAAGCUCUGUUUUAGUAGAUUUAGAGAAAUUAUUUGAGAAUUAUUCCGCUGCUGCCAACUGAAAAUCGAAUACCUUCCACGAAGCAGUGAAUGCUGUACAUAAGAGCUUAAACACCUUAUAAUUUCAUGUUUCUGUGCACCACAGUUAAAUGUGAAUUAAAAUUAAACCAAUUUGAGAAAUGA